AUGACGACAACAACAAAAGCUGUUCCAACAAAUAAUUCAUUCGAUUUUACACCAGCAAAAUCAUCAACAUCACCAACCACAUGUAUCAUCUGCAAACGUCUUUUAUAUUCAUUUGAAGAAACUCUUGCUUGUCAACUAUGUCAUGGCGCGUAUCAUUGGCGUUGUGUGCAACCUGAAACGAUCUCUCAUUAUGAUGAAAAUACCCUUUUUAUAUGUGGAAAAUGUAAUGAAAGCACAACAACAACAGCAACUAAUCCAUCGUAUCGACUUUCAAAUGGUAGUAUUAAAAUAAAAUCACCUGAUUCAUCCGCAAUCGAUUAUCGAGAUUUUGCAAGUAUACCAUCAAAAUUAAAUACAAUACCAACAAAAGAUACGACUGUUGUCAAUGCUAUUCGAUAUUUUGAAGAAAAGCAACAACAACAACAACAACAACAACAACAGCCACAUACAAUGACUCAAAUAGAUGAAUUCAAUGAGCAUCUUACAUCGCAAGCGAAGGGUCAAUAUAUCGAUGGUAGUAAGACGAAUCGCCAUUAUCAAGAACAACAACAUCGUAUAGGAAGUGACGACGACAACAUGACAAAAGAAAUGUUUCAAGCUCAUUAUCAAUAUACACCACUUAAAGAAUAUGCUGCACUAAGAAAUGAUCCAACGACGAUUGAUACUAAUACAUAUGCUUAUCAAACUCCUCUAUCAACUGAUUCUGAUCGUCAAUUAUCAUCUCGUUAUGGUAUUGGUGUUAGUCUACGUUAUACAGAUCAGGCUUAUGAACCAACAGAAGGUCGUAUUUAUGAAACUCCAUUAAAUAAUUCAACAUCUUUUACAAGUCCAACUAUUGAUAAUAUAACAAUUCAUAAUCGUCCACAACAUUUUACUAGUACUACUAAUUUAAAUGUAAAUGAUACAUUAUCUCGUCGUCAGCAACAACAACAACAAAAUAAUUCUAAAACUUAUUUUACUCAUUCAGCACCUUAUUUAUCUCAAGUUCGUGAUGAUGAUUCAUCAACAUUUAAAUCUUCAUAUCCACAAAAACAACAACAACAAUAUACAGACCGUCAUUCAAUUGUUGGAAGUGACUCAGGUAUUGUUAUAGUUAAACCAAAUCAUCAACAUCAGACAACAGAUGAUAGUCAAGUAGUUGAAAAGAAAUUAACAGAUUUAGUUCAAAAAUUAGGACGACAAAUAGAAACUGAUACACAACAAUUAAGUGAAAAAUUAGAAUCAAAAUUAAAAAAUUUAGAACAUAUGAUUAAUCAACAAACAUUUAUUAUUCGAGAACAAGAUGAAGUUAUUGAACGUUUAAAAACUAAAAUAUUUAAGAUUGAAACAGAACGUGAUCAAUUUCGAGAACGUUUAUCUUUUCAUGAGCAACGUGAACAUGAUGAUAGAAACGAUCAAAUGACAACAGCAAUACAUAAAGCAACAUAUCCGAAAACAUUUGAACAUGAUGAUGAACAACAAACAUUGAAUGAUGCUUCAACGAAUAGAAAAUAUUCCAAUUCAUCAUCAGUUCUUACAGAUCAAAGCAAACGAUCGAGUAAAAAGUCUGCCGCUCCACGAAUCGGUCAUCGUGAAUCAUUUGUUAAUAAUGAAAAUGAAUCAACUCUUGCUAAACUUGUUAAUACUUUUCCAGCUAAUCCAGAUCGACCUGUAUCUGAUUCUUCAACUCCAUCAAUGGCUGCUUUAUUAGCUGCAUCUGUACCUUUAAUAGAAAAACCAGCUGCAACUAAUCGUCUUGAUGAUGUAAUUCAUCAAUCCGAUGCAGACGAUACACCUGAACCAAUAUCAUUGUAUUAUAAUGAACCUGGUGUUCGUCAUCAUGAUUCCAAACAAAUGCCAACCGAACAACAAGAAUCAAUUAUAGAUGUUCGUGAUGAUGACGAUGAUGAACAAAUCGGACGCAUAGUAACAUCUGAUAUGCGACUAGAUCAAUCAGCUUCAUCAUUAUCAUCUCCUGCAGCAUCCAUACAUGCUGAGAAAGAUAAUUUAACACCAAAAAAUAGUUAUACAUUACCUGUUAGAAAUUCUAGUACAUAUCGAAGUUUGGAAUCAUUACCACGUAAAUCAUCUCCAACUGAAGAAGGAUUAAAACCGCCGACUAAAACAUCUUCACUGGAAUUCAAUCAAAAACCGGUGCGAUAUGAUGAUCCAGGUUCAAUCUAUUUUAUACCACAAGAAGCAACUCAUCCAGCUUCACAAUAUCAAGAUGUUGUUAAAGGAUGGCUUCGAAAACAAAAUCGAAGUUCAAUUUUUAAACGAGUUGAACGUUAUUAUUGUGUUUUAUCGAACAAUACACUUUUAAUGCAUAAACAUGAACAUGAUAGAACUCCAUAUAAAGGAGUAAAUCUUAAAGGAGCAAAAGUACUUCAAUAUGAAGAUCAAAAAUAUGGACCGUCUCUUGAAUUAACUUGGUCACCUCGAAACAAUCGUACUAAACAUUAUCACUUAUAUCUAAAUAAUCAACAAGAAGCUCAACAAUGGUUAACUGGUAUUCAAACUGCCAUAAACAAUCUAUCAGACAAGAAUAAAUGGCAACAAUAUCGUAUAAAUGUAUAA